GUCAUAUGCCUAAACGUGUAAUAAACAUUAAAGUAUUUGCCGAUAUGAGUGAUGGCGUUCAUCAAAUAAGAAAAGCCUUUUUUGCCCCCUAACCUGCCUGUAUAUUAUUCUCCACUUUCUGCGCCUAAUUACGUGUACCAAGCAAAUAAAGUACACUUAACGUUGCCCAACAUGACAGCGUAUUGUUUAAAGGUUUCGGCGGUUACCAGGAAACGUUAUAAUGCUAGCGAAGCAAGUAGUCAGUUGCAGAUUGAUGACGUACGUACAGGAAGUCAGAAACACUCUGGCUUUACGACUCUGUGGUAACAAUGCCUAUACGGGUCUUUCCGUAGUUAAACGCCGUAGCACCGAACUUGUGAAACACGUCAGGGCUCACGAAAUGCUCUUACCGGUGCCUACCGUUACCUAUAGAUUGACGUUUGUGUAAAGGUGAUGAACUAGUAAAAAUGUCGUUGCGAAUUAGUUGGAAUGAACUGUUCCCCACGAAAUGGAGCGUAGUGAUAUUCAUCGCGUACAUGGUGUUGUUUAUAAAUCAAGGGAUACUUGUCACAGCAUCACAAAGUUCAACUAGUACAUACAGCUAUAACACAGUGACUGUUGUGCUGCUCACAGAGGUGGUAAAGUUGGUGGUCUCUGUCUCCAUUUACUGCAAAGACAAUGCAGUGUCUUCCCUGCUUCAUGAGACAAAGUUACACAUUAGAGUAAUGCUGUUAUAUUUUGUACCGGCCUUUUUAUACUGCUUGUAUAACAAUUUGGCCUUCAUAAACCUGUCAGCCUUUGACCCUACAACAUAUUACCUCCUGCUACAGUUCAGAGUUGUAGUGACAGGUAUUGCGUUUCAGGUGCUAUUUAAGAAGAAGUUAAGUGGUAAACAGUGGUUGUCACUGGUUCUGCUUACAGUUGGUUGUAUGAUGAAAGAGACUGAUAUGAGCAGUGAUAAGAAAAAUUCAUUUACUUCUACCAGUACACCAACUGCCUCCCAGGCUGGCUUCCAUUUCAGUUUCAACGCUUUGCUUAUUGUAAUUCAGACCGUGUGUUCCUCAUUUGCUGGCGUUUACAAUGAAUACCUUCUGAAGGCAGAUGGUGCAGAUGUCAAUGUGUUUGUACAGAAUGUGUUCAUGUAUGUGGAUUCAAUUAUAUGCAACGGAGGUAUACUUCUGGUGCAGGGACAACUUUAUAGUGCUUUCACAUGGGAAGCACUUUCAUCGGUGUUUACAUUUAAAGUAAUGAUUAUAAUGUUCAACAAUGCAGCUAUUGGUAUUAUUACUAGCUUCUUUUUGAAGAACUUAAAUUCUAUUCUGAAAACAUUUGCAAGUGCGCUUGAAUUAAUGUUUACAGCAGUACUCUGUUGGUUAAUAUUUGGAAUACCAAUAUAUGUGAACACUGUUAUUGCCAUCUCCAUUGUGUCGUAUGCUGUUAUACUCUAUUCUCAAAAUCCAGUUGUAAAUCAGUCACAGAAAGAAGACAAGCAAACAGAGGAAGAGGAAGAUCUGUUAGAUGUUUCUUCUGCCUAACUUAUUAAUAUUUGCAGAAAUGGUCCAAAUGAAUUUAAAAGGCUGCACCUUUGUACUUGCAGAAUGUACCAAGGAGUUCUGUUGGUUAACUUGCGUUGGCAACUGGCUUUUUAUUUCUGAAUUGAAGUCAUAAUUAUA